UCCGGAGUCCACUUAAAUUGUUAACCCUGCCUUGUGCUCUUGGCGAUGGCUUCCGUCAGGGAGGCCGUGGGCUUAUCCGCGCGCUCGAGAAGGAGCGGGGGUUGUUGGGUUUACACCUUUUCCCCUCCCCAAAUUUCGGCAUCGUCUCGUCCCAAAACCAUUGUGCCGCGUAAACCCUCACCUCCCCUAAUCGCCGGUGGCAACCAACGACGGCGGGCGUCGCGUCGCGUCGCGUCACGCUCCUCCCCUGCGACCGGCGGCCGGCGGCGGCGACGUCUUGCGAUGGAUCGUCUGAGCGCGCUGCCGGAUGGCCUCCUCCACGCCGUCAUGUCCUUCCUCCCCGCCCGGCAGAUGGCGCAGACGUGCGUGCUGUCCAAGCGGUGGGUACAUCUGUGGCGCUCGGUGCCUAGCCUCAACCUCGACAUCCGUGAGUUUCGUAACCUCUCAAAGGAGGAGGAUGAUGAUGAUGAUGAGACAUGGGGGAAGAUGAAGGAUUUCAUCGCAAACCUGCUAAUGUUCCACCACGCUCCGACGUUAGAUACCUUCACCGUGUGCACCGGGGCGGUAGUUCAAGCUGCGGUUGGCAAUCGCAGUCGUCGCAAUCACCGUCGCAACGAUGUCGACUAUCCCGCUGUGGCUGACAAUCGCAGUCGCGAUGUCGGUAGAUGGAUCCGCGGCGGAAUCAAGUACUGUCCCCGGGUGCUGGACGUCGCGGUCGCGCCCUCCGGUUCUGGGUGUAGGCCGCCGCCCGACCUGGGCUCAGGUUCUUGCUUCCGUCGUCUCGAGAGGCUGCGUCUUUCUUGCUUUGCUCUGGACAGCGGCUUCGCGAGGCAGGUGCGCGAUAGCUGCCCCGUGCUCCGAUGCUUGGAGCUCCACCGCUGUCACAUUGAGUUCAGCCACAUCGAGUCCAGCACGCUGAACAAGCUGGUGAUUGAAGGCUGCAUAGGCUGCUCUCUUAGUCUUGCUAUCAGCGCUCCUCGACUUGCUUCCCUGUGCCUGGACUUAUCGUACGGCGCAUACAAGAAUGGUGUUUCGUUAAAUACUAUUUCCCUUGUGGAGGCAUCUGUUACUUUAAAUGUUUUCCAAAUCUCACCAGAAGGUGAAGCCAUGCUUCUUUGCGGUCUAUUCAAUGUGACCAAUUUGGAGUUGGAGGCUAUUCAUGCCAAGGUAAACCUUCCUUAA